AAAGCUUUUGCCAAACAACGUACGUCCUAUGAUAGUUUGCCGAUAUCCAAUGUUUUCUAGCAAUUUUCGAGCAGAACAUACGCCGCGUACACGUAAUACGUGCAAAGCAGUUAGAUGUCUGGAGACUCCAAAUCAAAACCUGCUUUUGUGAAACGGAAGGCUAAGGCAGGCCCUUCAGCAUCUAGAAAACGACUCAAAAUGCAGCCAACGUCUUUGGACGGAUUGCCUUGGAAAGGCUUGGAAAAUGUGGAAGUGGUGUACGAGGAUACAGAAGGAGGGAGAGUCAUGAAGUUCAAUGUCCUUGAACCAUUGAACAAAAACAAAAAGCCACCGGGCCCGAGGCAGACGUCCGAGUCUUUGCUGCCCAAUUGGCAUGCUUUUUGUAUGCAUUCUCAUCUUUUACAGGUUAUUAAUUCGCGCGGGUUUGUUACACCCACCCCAAUACAAGCCAAGUCACUGCCGAUAGCUUUGAAUGGGCGGGACAUCGUUGGAGUGGCAGAAACCGGAUCAGGAAAGACGCUUGCAUAUGGGCUUCCCAUUCUCCACCGUAUCUUAUCACAUCCCCGCCCGCCAAGGACUAAGCGGAAACUCCAGGCGCUUAUCUUAGCUCCCACCCGUGAACUCGCCCUACAGGUCUCUGAUCACCUCAAUGUGUUCGCACGAGUUAUCGAAACAAAGGCCGAACAAGAUGUCAAUCUUAGAAACACCGAGGCUAAGGAAAAACAGCACAAAAAUAUUACUCCGCCCCUCGUCAGCAUUGCUGCCAUAGUCGGCGGAAUGUCGGCGCAAAAACAGCGGCGUAUACUCGACAGGGGUGUUGACGUGUUAGUAGCGACGCCAGGUCGGCUGUGGGACAUUCUAGAAGAGGAUGAGGGACUAGCAAGACAAAUCAGCCAGCUGAAAUUCUUAGUACUGGAUGAAGCCGAUCGUAUGGUCGAAGCGGGACAUUUUGCUGAAAUGGACAACAUCCUGCGACUCACGAUUCGAAAAUCCCAAGAAGAUGAAAUUGAACCCCCUGAAGCCCCGGGGGAUUCUCUCGAUGCUCAUCAAGGUGCAGAGAACACUGAGGUUACCCCUGUGGAUGCACUGCAAACCUUCGUGUUCUCUGCUACUCUCAGCAAGGAUCUCCAGAAGAACCUGAAACGAAGUUGUCGCCAGAAGGGCUAUAAAAAAUCGUCCAAACCAGCUAGCACACUCGACGACCUUCUUCUGCGCCUUGACUUUCGUGACCCAGAUCCCGCUGUCAUCGACAUCAGCCCCGAGGGAGGCAUGGUUUCUACACUCAAGGAGAGCAAAAUUGAGUGCCUUUCCACAGAUAAGGAUGCAUACCUGUACUACUUCCUGUUACGGUACCCUGGCCGUUCCCUCGUGUUCUUAUCGUCUAUUGAUGGUAUCAGGCGCCUCAGUCCAUUGAUGGAGCUCCUGAACCUUAAGGCCUUUCCUCUCCAUUCUCAAAUGGAACAACGCCAGCGCCUCAAAAAUCUUGAUCGGUUCAAAGCAACCACAAAUGCUGUUCUCCUGGCUACGGAUAUUGCUGCCAGGGGUCUUGACAUACCUGCCGUUGACCAUGUCAUUCACUAUCAGAUACCACGUUCUACUGAUGUGUUCGUUCACCGCAACGGGCGUACUGCUCGUGCGAUGCAAAAAGGUUUUAGCUUGUUGAUGUGUGCCCCCGACGAGCGUCGAGUGGUAAGGGCACUGUUAGCAAGCCUGGGUCGUAAAGACACAGAUAUCCCUGAGAUAACAGUAGAGCUCACCCUUCUUGAUAAGCUCAAGAACCGUAUCUUGCUCGCUCGACAAUUCGAUUCUCAGCAACACAAAAUAAAGAAACAGCAUCAUGAACGAAACUGGUUGAAGGAAACGGCGGAAGCGAUGGAGAUAGAGCUUGAUUCUGAUAUUUUGAGCGAAUCCGAUGAUGAAAGCAACCCAUCAAAGCACCGGAAAAAGAACAAUGACGCAAAGAUGGCGCUCUUGAAAGCCAAAUUGAAAGAACUCAUGUCCCAGCCGCUCCUUAGCCGAGGUGUCUCGACGAGGUACAUCACCUCUGGAAGCCGACCGAUCGCUGACGACAUUAUAUCGGGAGAUGUUCAUGAAACCAUGUUGGGCCUCAAGAAAUCGGAAGCCGGGGACGACUUAGUUGCCGCCGCCAAGCGAAAGCUGGUGCACAAAAAAGUACAUGAAGAACCAGAGGAAUGGAACGGCUUCGGUUCAUGAUACAUGCCUUGAUGCACGAGGAUUUACUACGUAUUUUCCUUAUCAUGGGCCAAUCAUGGGCGGUACUUGGUAGGUUUGCAGCGCUCACUGGCAGUGCGUGAGCAGCUGCGACAUCGCUUACGCAUGAGAAGCUACGUCUUAUCAUUUCCAUAAAAGUGUCGAAGGACGUGUUGGAUUUCAUUUUAGCCUAAGCUCGAUCAUGGUGACAGAUGAAUGUUUGAACCAUCAACCUACAAGGUUUUAA